AUGUCUCUACUCAACCCUGUCCUGCGGCCCCCGCAGGUGAAGGCCUAUCUGAGCCAAGGCGAGCGCUUCAUCAAAUGGGACGAUGAAACCGCCUUGGCUUCCCCCGUUAUCCUCCGUGUGGAUCCCAAGGGCUACUACUUGUACUGGACAUUUCAGAGUAAGGAGAUGGAGUUUCUGGAUGUCACCAGCAUCCGGGAUACCCGCUUUGGAAAGUUUGCCAAGAUGCCCAAGAGCCAGAAGCUCCGUGAAGUCUUCAACAUGGACUUCCCCGACAACCACUUCCUGCUGAAGACCCUCACCGUGGUGUCCGGCCCCGACAUGGUGGACCUCACCUUCCACAACUUCGUCUCCUACAAGGAGAACGUGGGCAAGGACUGGGCUGAGGAUGUCCUGGCCCUGGCCAAGCACCCGCUGACGGCCAACGCCCCCCGGAGCACCUUCCUGGACAAGAUCCUGGUGAAGCUCAAGAUGCAGCUCAACCCUGAAGGGAAGAUCCCUGUGAAGAAUUUUUUCCAGAUGUUUCCUGCUGACCGCAAGCGGGUGGAAGCUGCUCUGGGUGCCUGCCACCUCCCGAAAGGCAAGAACGACGCCAUCAAUCCUGAGGACUUCCCAGAAUCCGUGUACAAGAGCUUCCUUAUGAGCCUGUGUCCUCGGCCAGAAAUAGACGAGAUCUUCACUUCCUACCACGCUAAGGCCAAACCAUACAUGACCAAGGAGCACCUGACCAAGUUCAUUAACCAGAAACAGCGGGAUCCACGCCUCAACUCCCUGCUGUUCCCGCCUGCACGGCCCGAGCAGGUGCAAGGCCUCAUUGACAAGUACGAGCCCAGUGGGAUCAACGUGCAGAGGGGCCAGCUGUCCCCCGAGGGCAUGGUCUGGUUUCUCUGCGGGCCAGAGAACAGCGUGCUGGCCCAGGACAAGCUGCUGCUCCACCACGACAUGACGCAGCCCCUGAAUCAUUACUUCAUCAACUCCUCACACAACACCUACCUGACAGCCGGUCAGUUCUCGGGUCUGUCCUCGGCUGAGAUGUACCGCCAGGUGCUGCUGUCCGGCUGCCGCUGUGUGGAGCUGGACUGCUGGAAGGGGAAGCCCCCCGACGAGGAGCCCAUUAUCACCCACGGCUUCACCAUGACCACAGACAUCUUCUUCAAGGAAGCAAUUGAAGCCAUCGCAGAGAGUGCCUUUAAGACAUCCCCCUAUCCUGUCAUCCUGUCGUUUGAGAACCACGUGGACUCACCCCGCCAGCAGGCGAAGAUGGCCGAGUACUGCCGGACGAUGUUCGGGGACAUGCUGCUCACUGAGCCCCUGGAGAAGUUCCCACUGAAACCAGGCAUCCCUCUGCCCAGCCCUGAGGAUCUGCGGGGCAAGAUCCUCAUUAAAAACAAGAAGAACCAGUUUGCUGCCCCAGCAGUGCCCAUCGAAGAGCCUGGUGGGGAGGCUGAGGGCAGCUGCCCACCCAGUGCCCCCGGUGGUGAGGACACAGUGUGGAUGGGAGAGGCAGCAGCUGAGCUGGAAGAGGAGGAGGUGGAGGAGGAAGAGGAGGUGUCAUCGGGAAACCUGGAUGAAGAGGAGAUAAAGAAGAUGCAGUCGGAUGAGGGCACAGCAGGCCUGGAGGUGACAGCCUACGAGGAGAUGUCCAGCCUGGUCAAUUACAUCCAGCCCACCAAGUUCAUCUCCUUCGAGUUCUCUGCCCAGAAGAACCGCAGCUAUGUCAUCUCCUCCUUCACCGAGCUCAAGGCUUAUGACCUGCUCUCCAAGGCCUCCGUGCAGUUUGUGGAAUACAACAAGCGCCAGAUGAGCCGCAUUUACCCCAAGGGCACCCGCAUGGACUCCUCCAACUACAUGCCCCAGAUGUUCUGGAACGCCGGCUGCCAGAUGGUCGCCCUCAACUUCCAGACUAUGGACCUGCCCAUGCAGCAGAACAUGGCGCUGUUUGAGUUCAACGGACAGAGCGGCUACCUCCUCAAGCACGAGUUCAUGCGCCGGCCGGACAAGCAGUUCAAUCCCUUCUCAGUGGACCGCAUCGACGUGGUGGUAGCCACCACCCUCGCCAUUACGGUGAUCUCUGGGCAGUUCCUGUCGGAACGCAGCGUGCGCACCUAUGUGGAAGUGGAGUUGUUUGGCCUUCCCGGGGACCCCAAGAGGCGCUAUCGCACCAAGCUGUCCCCUAAUACCAACUCCAUCAAUCCUGUGUGGAAGGAGGAGCCCUUCGUCUUUGAGAAGAUAUUGGUGCCUGAGCUGGCCUCCCUCCGAGUGGCUGUGAUGGAGGAAGGCAGCAAGUUUCUCGGACACCGCAUCAUACCCAUCAACGCCCUGAAUGCUGGAUACCACCACCUGUGCCUGCACAGUGAGAGCAACAUGCCCCUCACCAUGCCGGCGCUCUUCGUCUUCCUGGAGAUGAAAGACUACGUCCCUGAUGCCUGGGCAGAUCUUACUGUGGCCCUUGCCAACCCCAUCAAGUUCUUCAACGCCCACGACAAGAAGUCUUUGAAGAUCAAGGAGGCCACAGGUGGUGUGACUGAGAAGCCCUUCUCAUCUGGGAGUCCAGCUGUUGGCCAGGUCAAUGGGGCAUCAGCCCCCACCAACAAUGGGGCCGCGGCAGGGGGCAGGGAGGAACCCUGCAGAGCCCCCGCAGAGCCGCACACGGCCAGCCUGGAAGAGCUGCGGGAACUGAAGAGCGUCGUGAAGCUGCAGCGGCGGCACGAGAAGGAGCUGCGGGAGCUGCAGCGGCGCGGUGCCCGGCGCUGGGAAGAGCUGCUGCAGCGGGGCGCGGCGCAGCUAGCAGAGCUGGGCCCGCCGGGCGCCGGGGGCUGCGGGGCCUGGAAGCUCGGCCCGGGCAAGGGUUCCCGCAGGAAGAGGACGCUGCCCGGCGAGGAGGCCCCCGGCGCAGUGCUGGCGGAGGGCGAGGGCGCGGACACGCUCGUGCGGGAGCUGAAGGACCGGCUGCAGCUGGAGCUACAGCGGCAGGGCGAGGAGCAGUGCCAGUGCGUCCUGUCGCGCAGGGAGCAGCACGCGGCCGAGCAAGUCGCCAAGAUGAUGGAGCUGGCCCGAGAGAAACACGCGGCCGAGCUGAAGACCCUCAAGGAGUCCUCGGAGAAUGACACCAAAGAGAUGAAGAAAAAGCUGGAGGCCAAGAGGCUGGAGCGGAUCCAGGCCAUGACCAAAGUCACCACAGACAAGAUGGCCCAGGAAAGGUUAAAGAGAGAGAUCAACAACUCCCACAUCCAGGAAGUGGUACAGGUCAUCAAGCAGAUGACAGAGAACCUGGAGCGGUACCAGGAGAAGCUGGAGGAGAAGCAGGCCGCCUGCCUGGAACAGAUCCGGGACAUGGAGAAGCAGUUCCAGCAGGAGGCACUGGCUGAGUACGAGGCCAAGAUGAAGGGCCUGGAGGCCGAGGUGAAGGAGCUGGUGAGGACCUGUGCCCUCCCCGAGGCUGGGGACCAGCCUGGCAAGGAGCCCAGUGACCGGGAUCCACUCCCAGCCACGGAGGACGCAGAGGAGAGCCGCCUCUGAUGCCCACCACGAGGACGCUUGGCGAGGACGCUCAGGCCCUUCCCUAGGAUGCGGCGCCAUCCCCCGAGGAACACAGGGCCCUGGCGCAGACCUCCUCCUCAACAGCCAGGCCGGAGAAGGAGCAAGGAUGUGGGCAGGGGCCUCUCCAGGGCCAAGCUGAGUCCUUGCCCCCAUCCCUCUGCCUGCCUCUAGAGGAGCGUCAUACUGUGGUUGGGGGCAGGAGGACCUGGGCUGGGAGGAAGGCAGCAGAGUGCUGGCCCCACUUUGCCUGUCCUCAUGCCCACCCUUUCCCCCCUGCAACUUCCCCUCUAGCACUGUGGUUCAGGCAGGACCAAACCCCAAACCUGUCUGCCCCGCCAUGGGCAGCUCACCCCUGCUGCCAAGCCCCAGCUCAGGCCUGCUCAGAGCCCGCCUCCUGGUCAGCUCCUUGAGGCAGAGCCGGGUGCUAUUCCCAAGCUCCCAGGGGAUGCCCCCCCCCCCCCAGGAUCACAGGCUGAGGGUCUUUCCUGCCUGUGGGGGAUGGGAGGCCAGCAGGGAAAAGCUGGCUGGGCUGAGUGGCCCAAGGGCAGCAGAGACUGGAGGGCUGUGGCCUUUCAGGCCCUCUGCCCACCUGGAGGCCUAGGUCUGGGGUGGGUACUUCCUGGCAUGCAUCCCACUUGGGCUGCCUGACAAGGGUACCAUCAUUUUCCCUUCUGAACUUACAAGGUUUAUUUAUUUUUGUCCUUCCUACUCUA